UCCUUGCAAAAAGCAACAUGGAUGUCACCGUAGCUGCUGUUGCGAGCCGUCAAAAUGGCAAACCAGUCAUGCUGUGCAAGAAUGAUUACAUCACUGUCGACCAAGUCAACUCGUUCAAAUCUGGAAAGACUGCUGGACAGGAGGCAGAUUAUGCCAAGAUGGCUGAGCACUUGAAGUCUGUCGCUCCCAUCGCUGUCAUCUUCGACACUACUUCGUCUGAGCCGGUCUCCGACAUGUACGAGUCUUGGCUCAAGAUGGGAGUCCAUGUGAUCACGCCAAACAAGAAAGUUGGCUCUGGUCCCAUCAAUCGCUACAAGUCUUGCAUGAACAUGCAGCAGACUGCUGGAAAGUGGGGCUAUGAGACGACUGUGGGAGCAGGACUCCCUAUUCUUCAUGUUCUUCAGACUGACCUUAUCAAGACGGGUGAUAAGGUCAAGAAGAUCGAGGGUAUCUUCUCCGGAACUCUCUCCUACAUCUUCAACACUUACAAGCCUGGAAUGAAGUUCAGCGAUGUUGUUGCUGAUGCCAAGAACAAGGGUUUCACUGAGCCUGAUCCUCGUGACGACCUUGCUGGGAUGGACGUUGCUCGCAAAGUUGUUAUCUUGGGAAGAGAGUGCGGGAUCGACGUCGAGCUGUCGGACAUUCCUGUCGAAAGCCUCGUGCCGAAGCCCCUCCAGGACUGGAAGCCCAAGGAGGGAGAGAACCUGGCUGAUGCCUUCGUGAAGGAGCUGGUAGCCUACGAUGCUGAGAAGGACGCUCUGAUCAAGGCCGCGAACGAUGCUGGCGAGGUGCUCCGCUAUGUCGGCAUGGUCGACGUCGAGAACAAGAAGUGCUCUGUGAAGUUGGCCCGGUACCCCAAGACCCAUCCUUUCGCCGGCACGCAGUGGGCAGAUAACAUCGUGGCCUUUGACACGGAGCGAUACACUCCUCAGCCCCUUGUCAUCCAGGGCCCUGGCGCUGGAGCUGCUGUCACUGCUGCUGGGAUCUAUGCUGACUUCAUUCGGAUCGUCAACUCAGUCUAGAAAAAGCAGUUCGGGCAGCAGCAGACCGUCUGUGACUUUGAGCUCAAUGAAUUGAAAUCCGAG